GUCUGCUACGGUUUAAAACUUUUGUAGGACUCAUGUGGUUAUUAUUGACGUCAAAAUGUCGGAAAUUGAAGAAUUAUCGCAGUUUCUCGCUUUGGAUAUGCGACUAGAUGUAAAGGCCCUAGCACUACAACAGACCCUAGGAUUGACAGGUACCACCGAUGGAAGGCACCUUUUGAUUAACACACCAUGCAUUGUUAAGAACCUCUGCCAACUUUUAAAUGAUAGCCAAAACUCAGUUGCAAAAGAUGCAAGCUUGGCGCUCAUCAACCUUUCAGCUGACGAAGAAGUCAUACCAGCUUUGCUUGCUGAAGCGACAAAUAUUGUCGAACAUAUGUUGAAGAUCAUAAGCAAUCCUGAACACAACCUUGCUGAUCCUGCUUGUAUGGUGUUGUCAAAUCUUACACGGUCGAAACUUGGAAGUGAAAAAGUGUUUCAAAGUAUGGAUGGAAAUUUAGACAAAUAUGUUGACAUAUUCUGCCAAGAAAAAUACAACAAGAAAGGUGCACGGCUCCACUAUCUUGCAUCUGUAUUGUCCAAUUUGAGCCAACUUCCUGCUGUGAGAAGUUAUAUUCUGGACCCAUCUCGGUCAUGCCUGCAGAGGCUAGUUUCUUUUACAGAUUACAAGGAUUCCAUCAGUAGAAGAGGUGCUAUUCUUGGACUGAUAAAAAAUUGCUGUUUUGAAACAGACCACCACGAAUUUUUACUGAGUGAAGCUGUCGACUUGCUCCCCAAGUUACUUAUUCCUCUAGCCGGUCCCGAGGAGUUCGACGAAGAAGAUAACGAUAAGCUACCCAUCGAUUUGCAAUAUUUGGGUGAAGAGAAAACUAGAGAGCCUGAUCCUGACAUACGUAAAAUGCUUUUGGAGGCAUUGACCCAGUUAUGCGCCACUAAAUUUGGACGUGAAUACUUGCGCUCAAAAAAUACUUACGUCAUCCUCCGUGAGCUCCACAAGUGGGAAAAGAACGAAAAUGUUUUGGUAAUUCUUGAACAUUUGGUCAACAUACUGAUUAGGUUCGAGCACGAAAUCGGCCACGACAAUCUCAAAGAAGUAGAAAUUCCGGAUGAAAUAACUGAAAAAUUUAAUGCUUUAGAGCCUGCUUUGUGAUCCAUUUUAUGAUACACACCAAUAUACUAUGGUUUAUCUUGUUA